AUGGAGCCCUCGCCAAAACAAAACAAAACAGCCGGGAUUGGAAGAUUUCAUGAAUGGCUUCGAGGUGUCUUCUCACGUCGAGGACUCGUCUUAAUAAUCGUCACUAUAGCGCUGUUUCUUGACAAUAUGCUACUCACAACGGUUGGCAAUAUCAUAUCUCCACUAGUUCCAAUAGUCCCAAACUUUCUGCUCACAACGAAGGCAAGCCACUUGGUAAACACGAUUCUCGACACCACCGCAUACAACUGCACGUCGAAGACGUUACUGAAGAGCACCCUGUCGGAAGCCGUUCUCAGCUUGAUUCCAGUGGCUUGGGCGAGUCGAGCGCAUGUGGCCCUAUCGAUGGACGACUUUCUCGAACCCUCGAGGGCCUCUAGAGAGGAAAGGAUUCAUGUAAAGAAACUCCUCGAUCGUAUCUACACCCUUGCCUCGGACUGCAACCUGAACGUCACCAAACUUGCGAUUCAAAUGCGUCAGUCGCAUAUGGAGAGGGAAAACUUCCGAGUUGGCAUGCUCUUUGCAUCAAAAUCCAUCGUCCAGCUAGUUGUUAAUCCUUUUGUUGGACCCCUCACUAAUAGAAUCGGGUAUUCCAUCCCUAUGUUUACAGGAUUUCUCAUCAUGUUCUGCUCCACAAUCGUAUUCGCAUUUGGCGAAUCGUACAAGGUCCUCCUCAUUGCACGAGCCAUACAGGGUGCGGGCUCUGCGUGUUCCAGUGUCUCAGGCAUGGGAACAAUUGCCACCUUCUAUACGGACUCAAAGGGACGCACAAGAGCAUUUGGGACUGCACUCAGUGGUCUAGCCCUCGGUGUCCUAGUUGGCCCAACUUUCGGCGGUAUCGUCUAUCAGUUUGUUGACAAAAAGGCACCAUUCUUAAUGCUCGCUGUACUCGCACUAAUGGAUGGAGUCCUUCAGAUAGUGAUAUUGAAGCCGUCGAUUCGCCCAGAACAAGAACGUGGUGCUCCGAUUAUAAAAUUGCUGAGAGACCCAUACAUUCUCGUGGCAGCAGGUGCUCUUACUUUCGGCAACAUUGGCAUCGCCAUCCUCGAACCAGCAUUGCCGAUGUGGAUGAAGGAGCAUAUGAAUGCCGAUAACUGGGCUCAAGGGAUUGCUUUUCUCCCGGCCAGCGUCUCCUAUUUGCUAGGAACGAAUAUCUUCGGGAUUGUGGCCCAUCGAAUUGGACACUGGCUAAGCGCGUUUAUAGGAAUGAUUCUUUGCAGCAUUUGCCUUCUCUGUAUUCCCUUCAGCAGACGAUUGGGCCACCUUAUAGUUCCGACUUUCGGACUUGGUCUGUCAAUGGGGAUGGUGGAUGCCUCGAUGAUGCCGCAAAUGGGGAUUCUGGUGGACCUCAGGCAUGUUGCCGUCUACGGAAGUGUCUAUGCCAUUGCAGAUGUUGCCUUCUGCCUCGGCUUUGCUUUUGGCCCCGCUAUCGGUGGAUGUGUGGCUCAGUCUGCUGGAUUCAGUUGGACGAUAUGGGGCAUCGCGAUCGUCUCAGCUCUCUACAGCCCACUCCUGAUUUUCCUUCGCAACCCACCAAGUGGUGGGGAACUUCAGCCCUUGACCGGAGGAAAAGAGCGGGUGCCCGAUAGUGGAAACGAAGGCAAUACCGAAAAUUUUUCCCUGGGGGACGCUCUGGGGUAUGAUCCCACGGAGGGAGGACAGAAAGCCUACGACUACGGCAUAGACUGA